UUCAUCUCCCGCGACGGGAAGCGACUCACCGAACUGCUCCCGGUCCUCGAGGAUCUGCACAUGGAGAACUGCACGUACGGGUUCGGGCCAUCCACCUCCACCAUCGCCCUCCCCACGCUCAAGAGCCUCGCCGUCGUUCCCCGCCGCUACACCUCGAGACACUACACGCUGAUCGUCACGUCUCCGCGCGUCACCUGCCUGCGCCUCUUCCUCCCGUUCACCCGCACGCAUGCGGCCGCGGUGCGCAUCGCUCCGGAGGGGCGCGAGGUGCUCGAAUCGCUCGUCAGCGCGUCGAUCAGUAUCCUCGACAUGGAGCAAGAGCCCAACCAUCUGAAUCGGCGCAUGAACAAACACAAGGUUGAUUUCUUGACAUCCACCCGCAGCAUGCUCGACCGCUUCCCCAAUGUCAGAAACCUUGAUUUGUCAGGGUUCACGACAAUUGCAUUGCUAGACAAGAAAUCCCAAGAAUUCCCAAUGCUCCAAAACUUGAGAACCUUACUUCUUAGCGACUGCGAUGUUGGAGUCAGAUGCCACGCGUUGAGGAGCAUCCUCCUGAACGCCCCAAACUUGGAGCAUCUUAGAUUGCAGCAUUGCAAGUUCAUAGAUACGCCGAAGAGGAAGCGAGGUAACACCAAGUCGAAGGCGAAACCUUCAAUGUGUCUUGACUCGCUAUCUUCGCUGUGCAAGAACUUGCAAUCAAUGGAGAUCAAGUGGCAGCUUGUAGAUAUUGGUCUUCAACACCUUGUGGAGUUCAUAAAAGAAAUUUUAACAGGAAGAAAACUUCACUUUAAGAGAACGAUCAGAGGAGGCAUGAUAACAGUAUCCAUACAGAUACGUAGUAGAACAUCUAUUGCAUGACUGCAAACAAAGAAUUCUCAUGAAGCCACAUCAUCAGUACUACUUUGUUAGAAUCUAGCCCUUCUGUCAUUCCUGAGUGUCUGUUAUAUGCAUGAUGAAGCAUGAACUAUUUUUACUGAUAGACUGAAGAGCUAGGUGAGUAGAUAAAGGUUAACUGCAGUCUCA